AUAUCUUAUUUAUUAUCCUGGUGAGCAGGGUUGGAUGGUGAGCAAAGGAAAGACUCCUGUGAGAAGCAAGCAGGAUGAGCGGAGGGAUCUGUGCUUGAAGUUUGAGUCCCUUGAGAAAGAUCUCUUUGAAUGUGAAAGAGAUCUGAGCUGAUGAAAAUACAAUCAGGAAAAUGCACCAUGGCAGCAGCAAUGGAAACAGAGCAGCUGGGUGUUGAGAUCUUUGAGACUGCGGAGUGUGAGGAGAAUAUUGAGUCCCAGGAUCGGCCUAAACUGGAGCCGUUCUAUGUUGAGCGGUAUUCCUGGAGUCAGCUGAAGAAGCUGCUUGCUGACACCAGAAAAUAUCAUGGGUACAUGAUGGCCAAGGCACCUCACGAUUUCAUGUUUGUGAAGCGGAACGAUCCUGACGGGCCUCAUUCGGACAGGAUCUAUUACCUUGCUAUGUCUGGUGAGAAUAGAGAAAAUACACUGUUUUAUUCUGAAGUUCCCAAAACCGUCAACAAAGCUGCAGUCCUGAUGCUGUCUUGGAAACCUCUUCUGGAUCUUUUUCAGGCAACACUGGACUAUGGAAUGUAUUCUCGAGAAGAAGAGCUGUUAAGGGAAAGAAAACGCAUCGGGACAGUUGGUAUUGCUUCUUACGACUAUCACCAAGGAAGUGGGACAUUCUUGUUUCAGGCUGGUAGUGGGAUCUACCACGUCAAAGACGGAGGGCCUCAAGGGUUCACUCAACAACCCUUACGGCCCAAUUUAGUGGAAACUAGUUGUCCCAACAUUCGGAUGGACCCAAAAUUAUGCCCUGCUGACCCAGACUGGAUUGCUUUCAUACACAGUAAUGACAUUUGGAUAUCCAACAUUGUAACGAGAGAGGAGCGGAGACUCACCUACGUGCACAGCGAGCUAGCCAACAUGGAAGAGGACCCCAGGUCAGCAGGAGUGGCCACCUUUGUUCUUCAAGAAGAGUUUGACAGAUACUCUGGCUAUUGGUGGUGUCCAGAAGCUGAAAUAACUCCUAGUGGUAACAAAAUUCUUAGAAUUUUGUAUGAAGAAAAUGAUGAGUCUGAGGUGGAGAUUAUUCAUGUUACAUCUCCUAUGUUGGAAACAAGAAGAGCAGAUUCAUUCCGCUAUCCGAAAACUGGAACAGCAAAUCCUAAAGUCACUUUCAAGAUGUCAGAAAUAACAGUUGAUGCUGAAGGAAGGGUUAUAGAUGUCAUAGAUAAGGAAUUAAUCCAGCCUUUUGAGAUUCUAUUUGAAGGUGUUGAAUAUAUUGCCAGAGCCGGAUGGACUCCAGAGGGAAAAUACGCAUGGUCCAUCCUACUCGAUCGCUCCCAAACACGCCUGCAGAUAGUGUUGAUCUCCCCUGAAUUAUUUAUCCCAGUAGAAGAUGAUGCCAUGGAAAGACAGAGACUCAUUGAGUCAGUCCCUGACUCUGUCACGCCGUUAAUCAUCUAUGAAGAAACAACAGACAUCUGGAUCAAUAUCCAUGACAUCUUUCAUGUUUUUCCCCAAAGUCAUGAAGAUGAAAUUGAGUUUAUUUUUGCCUCUGAAUGCAAGACAGGCUUUCGUCAUUUAUAUAAAAUCACAUCAAUUUUAAAGGAAAGCAGAUAUAAACGAUCCAGUGGUGGACUGCCUGCACCAAGUGAUUUCAAGUGCCCUGUCAAAGAGGAAAUAGCAAUUACCAGUGGUGAAUGGGAAGUGCUUGGCCGGCAUGGAUCUAACAUCCAAGUUGAUGAAGUCAGAAAGCUAGUCUAUUUUGAAGGCACCAAAGACUCCCCUUUGGAACAUCAUCUGUAUGUGGUCAGUUAUGUGAACCCUGGAGAGGUGACAAGACUGACCGACCGGGGCUACUCCCACUCCUGCUGCAUCAGCCAGCACUGUGACUUCUUUAUAAGUAAGUACAGUAACCAGAAGAAUCCACACUGUGUGUCCCUUUACAAGCUCUCAAGUCCUGAAGAUGACCCAUCUUGCAAAACAAAGGAGUUUUGGGCCACCCUUUUGGAUUCUGCAGGUCCUCUUCCUGACUAUACCCCUCCAGAAAUUUUUUCUUUUGAAAGUACCACUGGAUUCACAUUAUAUGGGAUGCUCUACAAACCUCAUGAUUUACAACCUGGAAAGAAGUAUCCCACUGUGCUAUUCAUAUAUGGUGGUCCUCAGGUGCAGCUGGUGAAUAACCGGUUUAAAGGGGUCAAGUACUUCCGCCUGAACACCCUGGCCUCUCUGGGCUACGUGGUCGUGGUGAUAGACAACCGGGGGUCCUGUCACCGCGGGCUGAAAUUCGAAGGCGCCUUUAAAUAUAAGAUGGGUCAAAUAGAAAUUGAAGAUCAGGUGGAAGGCCUCCAGUAUCUGGCUUCUCAGUAUGAUUUUAUUGACUUAGACCGUGUGGGCAUCCAUGGCUGGUCCUAUGGAGGGUACCUCUCCCUCAUGGCAUUGAUGCAGAGGUCAGAUAUCUUCAGGGUGGCUAUUGCUGGAGCCCCGGUCACGCUGUGGAUCUUCUAUGACACAGGCUACACUGAACGUUAUAUGGGCCACCCUGACCAGAAUGAACAGGGCUAUUACUUAGGAUCAGUGGCCAUGCAAGCAGAAAAGUUUCCCUCUGAACCAAAUCGUUUACUACUCUUACAUGGGUUUUUGGAUGAGAAUGUCCAUUUUGCACACACCAGUAUAUUACUGAGUUUUUUAGUGAGGGCUGGAAAGCCAUAUGAUUUGCAGAUCUACCCUCAGGAGAGACACAGCAUAAGAGUCCCUGAGUCUGGAGAACAUUAUGAACUGCAUCUUUUGCACUACCUUCAAGAGAACCUGGGGUCACGUAUUGCUGCUCUGAAAGUGAUAUAAUUUUGACCCGUGUAGAACUCUGGUUGUACACUGGCUUUUUAACCAAAUGAGGACUCUUAAUAAAGGACAUAGAGAUCAUCGCCUUUUGGUAUCUGGCACAUAACUUCUAAAGAUCCAUUUGGUGCCAUGCAGCUCUCUACAGCUUGUGGGCAGUAAUCUGACACCUUCACCAGAGCGCACGAAAGCGAGUGACACGCUUGUGUUGGAUGCAGUGCCGUGCGGACACUGGCAGGAGGACAGCAGCACCAUGCGCCCGUACUACCUUGUUUCACUUCUUAGAGCAUUAUAAACCUCAUGAACUUCAUUAGUGUAUUUUUACAGUUAUAAGUUUGUUCAUAUAUGAAAUUAUUGAUUGGUUUGGUUCGAUUCCAGAAUUUAUGACUAGUUAUGGAUUUGAGAGCACUUAAAUGUAAUUGAAUAACUUAUGCUUCUUUUUGGGGUGUAUCCAGCAUGUUCUGAACUAAUCACUAUUCCAUCUAUGAUUUAACCAGUCAUUCAUGAUUUUUUAAGAAUAACAUAGUGGCCUCCUAAAGACUUACUUUGUUUCAUUCAAGCUCUGGCCAGUUUUUAGCCAGUUUAAACUGUAUCUAGUAUAAAUAGUUCUCUUUGAUGAUUGGGUUUUACCUUUCUGCAUAAAAGCGAGUAACUGUAUGAGUAGCAUGGAUUUAAUUAGUCUUAUACUAUCGAUAAUUACAGGCAGAAACUUUUUAAUCAAAUGACUAGAGCUUAAAUAUUUGCAGGCAAUUUAUUUUCCUUAGGAAAAGGAUAAAAUUCACUUGUAUUUUUCAGAAAAUAGUGGUUCCAGUUUCAUUGGGUAUU